AUAAAUUGAUCCAUUUUCGUUCUUGUCGAUUGUUUACUUUAUUGUAAUUGUAGUAGUUAUGUACUAGUGAUACCGUUUACAUAUUAACUAUCCUGAUAACAAGGAAAUGGCUUACUCGCAUUUGAUAGAAAAAUUUAAGGUCGGAAAACGCUUCGUACUGCUUGAUUUGGUAAUUAAACCUGAUUGUGAAGAACCAUGGGAAUGGUCUGGACCAGAAAAUAAAUUCCUCAAUAGGGAUGACUGGAAGCUUAUCUACCAACACUUAGACACAAUUUGUAAAAAUCAUUUCGGAGAUAACGGCAAGAAACCAACAGACCAAUGUACCUUCGAUAAGGAAUACGAACUACGAAUGAAAGAAAAACCGAAUAUCUUAAUUCGAUAUGAGGUAAAAGGUCAGAAUGAACGAGACAAUUUGAAUUCUAUAUUUCACGAAAGCGAACGGAAACUACACAAAGACUGUUUCAGUGUCCUAAUCGCAGAUGAUACUAGAGAAAUCUAUCGCCAGUUAGAUGAGAACAAGAAAACAAUCGAGCGGCUACGGAAGGAAAACGAAAAACUGAAGACUUUACCGGAGUCUAGUCAGGAGUAUACGCCAUCUCCAAUAAGUAAUACUGCCAAGCAAAGCCGAUCUACAGACAAUCACUCGGAGUACGUUCCAACUUCGCUGAAUGGAAGCUUCUCGCCGCACAAAUCUAGAUACAAACCAACCAAGAUUGCCGAUGCUUGUAAAGCUGAACCAGAUCCUUAUACACCUAGUUCCAGUCAGGAAAAUGACGUCCAAGCUGCGUUAUAUGUACCAUCCAUCUACACUACUCCGAACAAAACGGAGAGAGAAGUGAAGAUAACUGUUUCCAGCUCUACUGAAAAUGAAUCGAGAGCAAAACGAAGUCGCCGUUGUCGAACUAAGGAAAUAUUCGGACACUCCGAUGAUGAUGUAGAGGAAACUAGUCCGUUGUCACCGGCAAAAGUGAAAGAAGAGGCCAACAACAGUGUGGAAGACAUUUUCAGCCAGGAUUCUCCAUCGAAGGCUGUCGAUGUGAUUGGCAGCAGCAGCGACGAAAUUCCAAAGUCUGACGAAGGCAAACGUACGGUGCUACCGAGGAAAACAAAGUGCAGUGCACAAAAGGAACCGGAAACAAGCAACCACGGUAGUAAGCGUGUAGUGAAUACACCGGCAAAUUUGAAACGUCGUAGGAAGGAAUCAGGUAAUCGUGUGGAAAGUACAUCUAAAAGCACAAAAUUUGCAUCCAAUGAACACACAACGAGCGGUAAAAUCGACGGCUGGUUGCUGAAAGAACCAGCAAACCCAUCGACUUCCUCAGCAACGUCCAAGCAUUCGUCCGCUAAAAACAAGAAGAAUGAUGGACCCAGUAAAUCGAGCAUCCGGAAAAAUGAAUUGGUUGUCCCGAUUUUGCGACAGCCAGUAGAUCUAGAAAAGCUGCGUGCUGAAGAAGAAUCUAUGCGCAAGACAUUGGCUAAUCUUGACAAGCUGGAUAAAAUGCUACCGGAGGAUAAAAGCCAGUUGGACGUUCCAAUUUUAAACUGUUUCCAACUGUCGGUUGCGGAUAUUCAGGAUACAUUCCCGGAAUAUGAGUACGAGCUAAGAAAAAUUUUUGAUCGCUACAAAGAUCAAUCGGAACGCCAGUGGCAACUCGCGGGCGAACUGUGUUAUUUCACCGAAGUAACGAGCGUUCUAGAUGAGGACCAAAAGUACGCGAUGUUAACUCGCCUGGAGAAGGAAUUCGUACCGCCCGAGAAUUGCGGAAUGUACACGGAAUUUUUCACAUCAACGCUCAUCAUGGAGUGGGGCUUGCGUGUCUGGAUGAAGUUGUUUAACUACACGAACCGGAAGGAAGCACUGGACCGUAUCAGACUGCAGGAGGAAGCCAACCCGAUCGAGCUAUCGUCCAGCUAUCUUGCGUCGCUGACGUGCAGUGGCAAGAAGAGACGAUGAGGUCUGCGUGUGGAGGGUUAUUGUCAAAGUAAGUUCAUUUGUUGAUUUAUGUUUUGUUCGGCGUUAUGCAGACGUACGUGAGGCCUUAAGAACGAAGGAUUUUACUUCCUACCGGAAGCAACUUGUUUUCGAUUUACUUUAUGCUUAUAUACAUUUAUGAAAAACUAGAGCUAUUUUCAUCUGAAAUUUUAAAUAAACGAUGUCUGUUAUG